UUAAUUUGCGUUGUCGGUGUUGAUUCCAUUGCAUUCGUUGCCCUAAAACAAGCUCUUCAUCGUCCCAAGUUUCCGGCCAUGGCGACGCCCUCGGAGCCGCAGGCCUACGCCGCCAACACAAAGGCCUUCUUCGAGAGGCUGGGCUCGUCCAACCCCAUCUCCGACGCCGCCGACCGUCUCAGAUUCUUCUCCGACCUCCUCCGUAGCCUCCUCAAGGCUGACCUCGUCGAGACCGGCCGCAUUAUCUGCUCCUUCGUCGUCAAUCCAGCUCUCACCAAUCUAUACAACACACUGCAUGGUGGAGCAGUGGCGAGCGUGGCGGAGGUGUUGGCGGUGGCCUGCGCGAAGUCCGUCGCCGGGGAUAUAGAGUUGUUCACCGGGGAGACCGCCACGUCUUAUCUCUCCGCUGCUAGAGUGAAUGAGGAGGUCGAGGUUGAGGGACGAGUACUGAGGAAAGGAAGAAGGGUGAUCGUAACUGAAGUCAACUUGAGGAUAAAGAAAACCGGACGCAUGCUUUACACAAAUCGUUCGACUUUCUACGUUAUGCCUCUUGCCAAAUUGUAAGUUUUAUGCAUUUAACUUGAGCAAGGAAGCCAUUACCUUAAUGUCAGGAUCCUGCCAUUUAGCAUUGUACAAGUGAAUAUGAUGUUUAUAAUUGAAGGACUAUGAUGCAUCAGUUUGUGUUGUAUUGUAUUAUCAUAUUCCUCAAAGGUUAUA